AUGUAGUAGAAAAAAAGUCCGAAGUUUUUAGAAAAGUUGUAUGAAUUAUUAGAAGUAAAAGAGUUAGAAUAAAUUCUAUAGUCUUAGUAAUAUCGCUUUUUGAGAUGGAGUGAAGAUGGGAGAUCAUUUUAAGUUUGUGACUUAAAAAAGCUUGAGAGAUAAGUGUUGAAGGUUUUCUAUAAAUAAAAAUCGUUUGCUAGUUUUAUUAGGUUAGAUUUAUUUUUGUAUAUUUUUAGACAAUUAAACUUGUAUGGAUUUAAGAGAUCUAAGAUUCGUAGAAAUAUAAAUGUUUUUUCACAUCAUCUUUUUAUGAGAGGAGAAAAGUAUUCUUUAAAUAAAAUUUAGAGAUUAAUUGAUUAAUAUUAUAAGUCAUAACAAAUUGAAGGUUCUUGAAGAAUAAAGCAAUUAAGAUAAUAACUUAAAGCCAUAGAUUUAUGAAGCAGAACAUCAGUAAUUGACUAAAACUCUAAAGGAUCUCUAGAAUUAAUAAAAAUAAAUCUAAAUGAAAUUUAAUGAGCAAAUUCACUUACAAAUAUAACUAAAACUUCGAAUUUUUUAAAUAAUGAAUGUAAAUUAUAGUUAAAGACUUUAGCAAAUUAAUAAUCAUGAUAUUUCAAUUAAUGUUAAAGCAUAAAAUUCUUAUUAAUUACUUUGCAAAGUAAUAUAAAUUAUACCAAAGAAUGAGUAACAUAAAGAAGAAUUGGAAGUGAUAAAAUAUAUUUGUAAAGUUUUUAAUGAAUUUCAUAAGGAGUCAGUAUCAUCUUUGUUUGAGAGUCCAAAUGAAAGAUUGACUCCUUUGCCAUUUUAUUUAUAAGAUUCUGGAAUUUUUGAAUAGAUUGAUAAAAAGGAGUAGCAAAAUAAAUUUUAGGAUUAGUUUUAAAUUCAUGCUACAAAAAUAUUUCAACCUUCCUAAAUGAAGUAAUAAUAAUAUUUGCUAUGA